AUGUCUCACACGGAAGACUUUGGAGUUGCUUCUCAAGGAUUGAAUCGUGCCGAGAUUAAUGUUAAACCGCAAGUCAACCAGGAGCACCCACGCGCCGAAGCCGAACAAUCACAUUACCGGAAGCCAUCGAUCCGACGAGCCAUUGGCGACAACUUUCCGAGUAUCGUCGCGCAUCCACAAGAAGGAUUCAGGGCUGUCAGAAGAACAGUUCGCCAGCGAAGGGCAAAUUCGGCCAGCCAGCAAGCCUCGAUUGAAGAUGAUCAUGUUCCCAUUCUCGCGCCUGCUCCUCCCCAGGGUACAGGCGACGAGAGACUGAAACAUGAGUUGGAGAAGAAACGCAAGUAUCCGCCUGCUGAAGAAUUCAUGCGACAUCCUGUCGAUGCUCUCAAAACGUUGGCACGAGACCAAGGCGGCGACGACUUCGCUGAGAAUGUUGCGAAAUCAGAGGUGUCCCAUGGCGCAGAUGUGCGACUGCUUCGUCAGGUGGACAAGAUCGAAAAUGCAGCAGACGAGGCAAAGUCGACAGAAGUUGCGAAAUUACUGCAGCUGAAACACGCCAGGCAAGACGCUUUUGUUCGUUGGACGAUCGACCGGCACGUUCGAUGCGCAAAGCAGUUGCGCCAUACAAAUUCGACACUGCAACAACCCCAAUCCCGGAUGGCUUUCAGGGAAUGGAUCGAUUAUACACAACAGUACAUCCAAGAAGAGUUCGCUCGAAGUGCGGAACGUUAUGGAGAAGAAGCUGACGAGAAGUCGGAACCUGAUGAGAGAUUAUUGGCGUCCAGCACGGAAAGAGUCGUCGUGGUAUCCGCUGCAUUCCAAAGCUUCGUGAUGCAGAUACGAAGCAUUUCCGAAUGGAAAGACCCUCGAGUUAGUGCGACCUAUAUGGUCCUGUACUUCACAUUUCUGCUGUACAGUCAGAUCACUCGAAUGGCGAUCCUUUUCGUUCUCGGCACAGUCGUUUACCGUCGAUACCACAUACCGGGUCUGGACCAGAUGCGAGGUGCUGUCGUACAUUCAGAAGAUCAGGAUGAGCAGGUCAACACUCUUACUCAACUGAUAUUGCAGUACGGAACAAGAGGAUGGGUGGAUGAAGCGAUCAAAGAGGCCGGCCCGGUCCUGCUGCGCUUUACCGAAGAGACAGCAGACUUGCUGGAAAAGAUUCAGAAUUUCUACGAGUGGCGAGAUCCCUCGCGCACGCGCAUCACGCUGUUCAAGCUGUUCGGAAUGUGGAUCUUCAUCACUCUGACGCCUACGGAGUUGCUUGUGAAGUUCAUAUUCCUUUCGAUGGGAGUGUUUUUCUUCAUACUUGCACCAUUGGGUACUCGAUAUCCACAGUUGCGUAUGCUGACAUCACCCGUGGUUUGGCUAAUGUGGAAAAUACCAACGCACGCCGAAUGGGCUAUCGCGCGACUGCAGAAGGAAGCAGCGGCGUCUCUUCAAGGUGAUGGAGGGGAUGGGAGUCCUCAGACUGGCGGAAAGAGCAAAACCUCCUCUACUGGUAUCAUUGGGACCUACGACUGUACCGACGGCAGACUCACAGUGACUACAAGAUCUGUCUCAUUCUCGCCAGACAAGUCUGCCGAGACUGGCUGGUGUAUGGAUUACGAAGAGCUAGACAGCUUUCGCAAAGUUCAGCAGUCCACGCAUACCAGGACUCUUCGGGGUCUAUCGUUCAAGUCAGGCUCUGAUGUCCACUCGGUUCACGGGUUGGAGCUUCGAGAUGAGAUCUUCUCGCAGAUACUGGGUUAUAGCAGGAUGCGAUGGAAGAGGGUCGAGUAA